AUGAUUUCUAGAGAAUAUUUUGAAAAAAUUAAACAUUACUCGACGAGUGAAGAUGGGUCAAAAGUGGCUGAGCUAUUAACAAUAAGGGCAACAACUUUGAUUCAACAAUUAGCUACAUUCUUUCAACAUAAAACAAGAAUAGAAGACGAUGUAAAGAGGUAUUUGUCAGCACCGUGGGACGAUCUUGUUAUACAGUAUAUAAAGUGUAUUAUAGCUAUGCAUAACAGAAAGUUUGCGGAAGCUUUUGAGGAACAUCAUAGCUUGGUCCAGAUCUUUCAAAGAGCGUUUUCACAACAGCUGUCGCGUUGGUCCUUGCCGAUAUUGUACACCAUAAAUUAUGAUUUACGAUUGCUUGCAAUCAAGUCGGACUUGAUUUUUAUGAUGGCAGAAAAACCACCAAAGAAUUUGGAAAUAGCAGCGCGUUUAAUUAAUAAAUCAUUUUCAUUGUGCAUAACAGACAGGGCUGCAUUGAACGUCUCUCGCAAAUGGGGGACUUAUUAUUUUGCGGGACUCUUGUUCAAAACAUAUUUCAAAUUGAAACAACAAAAUCUAUGUAAAAAUGUUAUAAAAUCAAUUAAAGCAUCAAUAGACUUGCCUUCAUUUGGACAAUUUCCUAGAGCACACCAAGUGACUUUUUUGUAUUAUCAAGGACUGCUUGCUUUUCUUGAAGCUGAAUAUAAUCAGGCUGAAGAAAAAUUUGUAACAGCAUUUCGAAUGUGUCCUAGAUCUAGUCUGAAAAAUAAGGAGUUGAUACUUCGCUAUCUUAUCCCUGUUUGGCUAACACGCGGUGUUUUGCCAUCUCCGGAGGUACUUUCUCGGUAUCCUAGGUUAGAAGUUUUGUACAAACCAUUCAUUGAAGCCAUUAGAGAUGGUAAUGUUAAAGAGUUUGAUGACGCACUAGCAAAGUUUGAAUUAAAGUUAGUUGCUCAAAACACGUUUCUGACUGUUGAACUUGCACGGGAGAUUGCAAUGAGAGUCUUAUUUAAGAAAGUUUAUUUAAUCAACAUUCGAGAGUCAAAGGUCUCAUUAAGCAAAUUCCAGCAGGCUCUUAAAUACGUCGGAAGAGACGUGGAAAUGGCUGAAGUAAUGUGGUAUAUUGCUUCAAUGAUUCAAAAGGGUUUAAUCAGAGGAUAUAUAUCUUACUCUAAAGAGUUUCUAGUUUUAAGCGAGAAAAAUGCCUUUCCCGUCUUUGGUGCACCAACAUCCAUUUAA